GUCAUGUUAAAAAUGGCAGCCCUGUGAAGACGUGGAAGUGAUAGCAGAUAAACCUCUCACGAUUACAGCGUAUCUGCGAGAGAACGGGGUCAAGCUUAGAAUAGCCUGUUGAACCUAACAUGAGGCGGAACUCUGUCACCCUCCUCAAACUGUUGGUGGUGGCGGUUGUGUUUGUGUUGGCCGGACCCAUGCUGAUCAAACAUCUGUUAGGGGGCAACAAGAGAAGUCUCACGGAGGAGUUUGUGGAUGCAGGCAAUGGCAUGCCAGUAAAUCCUGAUUCAGCCAAAAAAAACAAUGAGCUGCCUCCAGCUGACGCUCCACUGGAGAAAAUUGACUGGCAUAGCUACAAACAGAUUGCUGAGGAGGAGGAGAGAAAGGGUCCAGGUGAACAGGGACAAGCAGUGAUUCUGUCGCCGGAGGAGGAAAAACAAAAGAACGACCUUUACAAGGUCAAUGGGUUCAAUGCCUUUGCCAGUGAUAAGAUUUCCCUGCAGAGGUCACUCAAGGACAUUCGUCAUGCAGACUGUAAAAGCAAGAAAUACCUGAACCACCUGCCCAACGCCAGUGUGAUUGUUCCGUUCCACAACGAACACUGGACCACACUGCUCAGACUGUGUUACAGUGUACUUAACAGGGCACCCAAGGGUAUGGUUCACGAGAUCAUCCUAGCCGAUGACUUCAGUAACAAAGAGCACUGUAAGAAACCAUUGGAUGACUAUUUGAAGGAACAUUUUGACAAUGUUCGUGUGGUGCGGGCUAAGCAGAGAGAAGGACUCAUCCGGACACGCAUCAUGGGAGCCAAGGCAGCCACAGGGCAGGUCCUUAUCUUCCUCGACUCCCAUGUAGAGGCUAAUAUCAACUGGCUGCCACCACUUCUAGAGCCCAUAGCUGAAGACUAUAAAACAGUUGUCUGCCCUUUUAUUGACGUCAUUGACUUUGAAACAUUUGCGUACCGUGCUCAGGAUGAGGGUGCUAGAGGAGCCUUUGACUGGGAAUUUUUCUACAAACGUCUUCCUCUUCUACCUGAGGAUCUCAAGCACCCAGCCGAGCCCUUCAAUAGCCCAGUAAUGGCUGGAGGACUGUUUGCCAUCAGCACCAAGUGGUUUUGGGAACUGGGUGGUUAUGACCCGGGUCUGGACAUCUGGGGAGGCGAACAGUAUGAACUCUCCUUCAAGCUUUGGCAGUGUGGUGGUAAAAUGGUGGACGCUCCGUGCUCGAGAAUUGGUCACAUCUACAGGAAGUUUGCACCGUUCCCUAACCCUGGUGUGGGCGAUUUUGUGGGCAGGAACUAUCGGCGUGUUGCUGAGGUGUGGAUGGAUGAAUACGCGGAGUACCUCUACAACCACCGCCCCCACUACAGAAACAUUGACACCGGCGACAUAUCCGCACAGAAGGCCAUUCGCACCAAGCUCAACUGUAAACCGUUCAAGUGGUUCAUGGAAAAAGUUGCUUUUGAUUUACCCAAAUUUUACCCUCCGGUUGAGCCUCCCCCGUUUGCCAAGGGAGAGAUAAGAAACGUGGAUGCCAAUCUAUGUAUAGACACGCGAUACAAAGGGCAGAAUGAGAGAUUCCAACUGGAGCCCUGCCUCAAGGAUGGAAAAGGAGGAGGGGAACAGGAGUUCCAAUUUUCCUGGCACAAAGAUAUACGUCCAGGGAAGCGAAGUGUCUGCUUUGAUGUUUCACAGUCUAUUAAAAAAUCUCCCAUCAUCCUUUUUAAUUGCCAUGGGAUGGGAGGCAAUCAAAGAUUUAAAUAUAAUUUAGACACAUCACAGAUUUACCAUGUGAUCAGUAAUCAGUGUUUAGACUGCGAUGCCGGCAGUCACGAACUCUUCACAAAUCCAUGUGAUAAAAACUUAAAAUCACAGCAAUGGAAAAUACAGACCGUAAAUGAAACAGCACUUAGAGCGGAAUGGGUUGCAGCGUAGUGAUCGACAGUACCGUCUGGUGGUGAGACAUUUACCGUGCCUGGCUCUGCUGAUCAACAACAGAUUCACAGGCACAACCAUAACUUGUGUUAUUAAUUGAUGAUCUAUUUGUAGUGCACAAAAACAUAGGGGUUUCCUUAUUUGUCAGAAUUAUUGUCCAAUCAUCAAAUGUUUGAGCUAUCAACAAAUAUCAGUAUGUUGUAUAUGUUGAGCAGAAAAUAAUAUACAGUUAUCAGCCAAGACAUCUCAGAUCUUCUCUGGAGAGAAAAGUUCAGCCAUAAAUAAAUUAAACUUAUGAGUGAAAUGAGAGUUAAUUCUGAAAAGUUCCUGUACAUUUGACAGACACUACACAGGUUUGUAUUGGUGGAAUGAUAUUGGUGAUAGAUCAAACUUAUGGUUCUAGGUCAAACGUUUGGUAGUAAAAAGUAAUAUGUUACUGUGCAUUUGUUUAACCCUUUGCCCAACGUCAGCAUCUUUUGACUCUUUACAAAGUCACAGUGCCACAUGACAUCCUACUGUUUCGGUUUAUAGUACCAAAGAACAUGUGUUAUGUAAAAACUAUUGAAUCAAAUGUGAUCGUUUCUAACAUUAAUUCUCUUAUAAUCAAAAUGUCCUAAAAAUUUCACCUGGCAAAUGCAGUCUCGGAGAAAAGCAAAUAAACCAAAGUUUGAUUCGUACAAAAACUUCAUAGAAUUGAUGUUGAUACGUCGUUUCCAAUAAAUACAGAACGGAUGGGUGUAUUGGCUUGCAAAGGGUUAGAUAAUAUUUUAUUACACUUAUUAGAUGAAUUAUCUUUUCAUGUCAAAUGUUUAAGAACGAACCAUGGAUUUUGUCCAGUUUUAUCAUCUUUUUCGCAGAUUGUUGAAAUUUUUUGAAUUUAUAGAUGUUUUAACUUCUUUUUCAGAAGGUGUUACAAAUACCAUCUGAGUGUAGUAUACCUUGCAAUAUUCCCUGAAGUUACAAAAUAUGUCAUGCAACUUUUCAUAUUUAAGAAAAGGAUAUUUUUUAAAUGAUUUUUUCAUACAUAAAUAUAAAUCAUAUUGUAAGAAAGAUCCUAUUUAUUUUUUUGAACCUUGUGUGUGGUGUUGUGCUUCAUACAGUGUGUACUAACUUGUAUCAAAUAUUUAUUUUUUGUGCACAAAAAUUUCAUAUAUCGGAUUAUUAUUAAGGUACUUUCUGACCAAAUAUAAAACAUUUUGGUAUUGUAGAGAAUGUCCAUAGUAUUGUACUUAACUGGAACUUUUUGCUUUUAAUACGUAUUUCUGUUAUUUUCAAAAGAAAAACAGAUAAAUUAUUUAUUAUAGAUUAAGACUAGAGUUUGCUAGAUCUGUGUGUGUCACAAGUUUUAUCCAAAAGUCCCAUUUAUUGUUGAUAUGCUUUUUUCUGUCCAGUUUGUUUGUAUAUCUCUACUGUAAUUUAGACUCUUUCUAAAGAUUUUCUCUCUAAAAGGGGUAAUAGUAUUUAUUAUAAACACAGUAUUGUCAGCAAGGUUUGUGUUUGUUAUAAAUCAUUGCUUAGAUAUCUCAUUGUGUGUAGUUCUAGAAAUCUUCAUUAGCCCACAAUUUAAACAUGAAAAUGAUUUUGUAAACCAAGGAUGUAAAUAACCACUUAAAUUUACCUUUACAAAUGAAAAAGAUUUUGUAAACCGAGGUUGUAAAUAACCACUUAAAUUUACCUUUACAAAUCAAAAGGAUUUUGUAAACCAAGGUUGUAAAUAACCACUUAAAUUUACCUUUACAAAUGAAAUAAAUAGAAAGUCAUUUUAUUAAACGACACGCCAUAUUGUAAUGUAAAAUUUGAUUCUCCGAUGUUUUCAUAAUUGUUAAAAUACAAAAGUGUAUGUUAUCAGUUAAAUAAAAUGGUUAACUGUUUUGUUUUGAGAAAAAAAAUCAGACUUAUUUGCAGCGAGUUUCCUUCAAUGGCUUUAUGAUGAGAUUGUCAUAUUUUUUUUUCAAAAUGAAAUGUUUUGGGAAUAUUUUUCAAACAUUUAUUAGUAGUGUUGUAUAUAUUAUCUGAGAGUGAAACUUUUAAAUCUCAGGAAAUAGAUACUUUGUCUAAAUAUUAAAUUCCACAAUUUUAAAAUAAGUAAUCUUUUUGUUGAUUCAAUUUUUGUAUCAUGGUUAGGAAACAUGAUCCAAUAAACUCCAGACCAACGACUUGUUCACAGACUGGUGCUGAUCGAUUACUGAAUUAUCUUUGUCGCUCUACAAGUACUGAACCAGGUGAUCUUACCUAAUAAACAAUGUGCUAUUUGUUCAUUACAAGGAAUGUUUUGCUCUGCUAGCAUGUGUACUUGUUGCUUUAAUAAUCUUGUGAAUAUUAGACUACUUUUAUUAUAAUUCAGACACAUAUUGUGUUAAAACUUGUACAUAGGUACUCAUAUUUUCAUAGCAACACAUUCUAGAUUCAUGAUAUCCUGAUUGAAGAAAGUGAUUCUACCACAUCUGGUUAAAUAUCUACUGAUUCAAAUAAAUUUAAUUUUUUUUGUAUGCUUUGCUAACAAUGGCUUUAAGUAUUAACAGCGCAUUGCUGAAUUUCCAUAUUACAAUUCUUUUCGAUUGAAUUUUAUAGAUAUCACAGUCCAAGGGGGAUAACUACCAUUUUAUAGAUCCUACAGUACAAGGGAGAUAACUGCCUUGUGUUAACAUAAAAAUGUGAAUGACCAUAUAUAGCCGUGUAUGAGAGAUUGGCUUGUAUAUACCUUCAGGGUUUGUCAUUUACAGUGUACAGAAUGAUGUCCUUUAAUGUAGUGACCUACCUCAGGAGUAACAUGUUACGUCUAGUGAAUGAACGCAGAAACAUCACAAAAUUGAUACAGCAUGUAAUGCCUGUCACUUUCUAUACUAGGGGGAGUUUUAUUAAUACAUGUAGCAACACUUUGGUUCUCAGAACAAUGUCACAGAUUUAAGGUUUCCAGAUCAAUAAACAAGGAAUUACUUAUUAAGAAUGUAUGCUACCAUACUGUUGUUGGACUCCUCCAUUUCAAAAUAGUUUUCCGUUAAAAACAUCUAAACAUCUCUGUUAAUCCAUUCACCCCUUGAGUUACAUUUGAACCUAACCUGACCUGGCAAGUCCAUUUUAAGGAGGUAGGGAUGAAUGAGUUAAAUCUUUAUUCUGUAUAUGUAAAUAUUAGCCUGAUUCAUAAAUUCAGGGUAUAUUUCUAGGUAAAGUUGUGUGAUGAAAUCUUGUAGUGAACAUUCAUAUAUACAAAAAAAGUUGUACACAAAAGAAUUACCAACAGUAGAUUUACAUUUAAUUGCAUAUUGUGUAUGCUUAUUAACACUUUGUUAUGAACUUCUCAGAAACUGUGAAGCUUUGGCAUGUUAUUUGAUGAAUGACAAAGUUGCAAGAAACAUGAAAAGUUGAUCAUGAGAACCUGCCGUAAACUGUUUUUUAUUGAAACAAAUUCUGUUAAAACCAUUCCUGUAUGAAAUCGUGUAUAGUCUUGUGAAGUGAAAAUAUAUGUUUUUUGAUGGUAAGACACAAUUUAGGUGACACUUUGUUUAAUCAGCCUGUUUUGUGAUGACUUUAAUUUAAAAAAUUGUUACAAAAAUGCUUGCAGUAUUUUAUCAUAUCUGCUUUUCACAAGCGUUUACAUGAUGCCUAUUAUCAUUAUAUUUAUUAUCAAUGCUAACCCUAACCACCACUGUUGUAUGUAACGGAGUGUGGAGAAUCCCAAAACACUGUUUGUAUAUAAAGAUGUUCAUAACAAAUCACAGCAGACCUGAAGAAGCUGUUAAUUGUAUAUUAAAUUAUUUUGUUUAGGAAAACUAAACCAUGAAUAACUUUUAGAAUUCAGGGUACGAAUUCAUGAAACCGUUCUCAUGAUGAUACUCAGAUUCUGAGUUGACUAGAUUGCAAAAGGUAACUUAGACUGGUAAUGGUUCGCUUCCAUUGGUAUCAUAAUGUUUUUUUCGAAGUAGUAGCAUUUAACACGUCGGCUUGUUGUAGCUUUGACAAUUAUGCUGUUUUUAUAUAAUGAAUCUCUUUGAAAUCCAAUUUGAAAACUGCCAGUAAAUUUAACAUAAAUACAGUUGAAGCUUAUAUUAUUGUUGGCAGUGAUUUCUCUGUUUUGAGGAAAAACUGUGAUGCUUACUGUAUUCCAAAAUAUCUUUUUUUUAGAAAAUGCUGAGUUGAAACAAGCUGCAUGUCCUUUCCUUUAUAUGAGUAAAGGGUAUUGUGUAAAAAGAUCUGGACUUGUAAUGAAAUCAUAUUUUUGCAAAAGUUUAUUUUGGUAAAAAAAAAAUACAACCAGAUAAAUCUCAGGUGUUGACAAAAUCGUUUCUCAAACUCAAUCAUGAUAAAACUGGGGCGAAAAAAAAAGGAUGAUUAUCAUGGAGACCCUUGAAAAGUACAAGGAAGACGAGAUGUUCCAUCAUUGUCAGCACCUUCUGCUUUAUCUACAACAAGCAUUGUAAAUCUGUGUCCAAGUAAUGUCACACACUCAAAAUGAGUAAUAGGGUAGUGACAGCAAAACAAGGUCUUCUCAAUUCUUCCAAAACUUAUCAUCUUCUAUGCAAAAUAUUUCUUAGUAUCACAUUUUACCGUGAAUUGAUUGCGAAAAUGUGAAAUGAUUGAAUGAGAAGGGAGUUAUUGUGGAUGAAUUCGAUGACAUGAUGUGUAGGAUCUAGUCUUAGUUCCCGGUAUUGUAAGCAUACCUUGUUUAGCUGUUUACUCAGCAUCGAAUGUAUUGUACAAUGUUAAAUGAUAUAUAUCAUUUCUACCAAAUGAUCGGAGAUACUUAAAUUACAUUUCACAGAUAUCAGUUUAUUUAUUGUUACAUUUGUCAUUAAAUUUUAUUUUCGUCGAGAGAGAAGAGGUUAUCUCCCUUAGAUUAUAAAACGACGGUAUUUUUGUUUUAAUCAUAUUCUAUCUAUUGUUACAAAAGUUAUCAGGCUUUUAUAGUAACUGCUAAUGAGAGAAUUUCAUAAAACAACUUUUAACAGUAAUUUAAAGAUCUAAGAUGGAAUACCAAAUUUGUGCAUAAACAUGACCACCACUAGUUGGUGACUUACCAGCAUUUGUGCCUCUUUGAUCUUUUUACAUCACCUUUACUAGUGUUAAUUGUGGCCAUACUUCUAUUUGAGCCACUCUGCCAAAUUAUGUGAAUUUUACACCAUAUUUGAAGGACAGUUGAAUCAUAAAGAUUUCCGUACAUGUCAUACACCCAGGGAUUGAGUUCUUAAACAUCGUAAUAAAAUUAGCAUUGUUUCUACAGUGAUCCUAUAUUCAGAAGUUAUUUAUUCUAAGACAUAACCUUUACAUUUGUAAAGGACAUAAGACUGGUCUUAUUACCAAGAAAAAAUUAAGUACAUGAAAGUGAGUUAUUUUCACUGAAAGUUUCUGUGCCUGAUAUGAGUGUAAACUCUGUAUUAAUGAAUGAGGUAUGAGAUGUUUGUUGUAUAUAUGUGUAUAUCGCUACAUACUUAUGUAUAUUUGUAAAGUAUACUUGUGAUAUUUACAUUCCAGAGGGUCUUUUUUUAAGGUAUUGCACUUCUGUCGUGACUAAGUCAUGACAUCUUACGAAAAUGCACGUUUAAACAUCUGACUGGUCUGGUGUCGCUGAUACUGUGUUUUAGUGUAAGUAUCAACUAGAGUAGGAAUAAAGGUUUCAUGGUAAAGAUAUACAACAAGUGUAUAGAACCGUUAACAACGAAUCACUGGAUACACAAAUAGCCUGGUAAUGUUUAGCGGUGAUAUUUCGUAAGAUAUUUUUGUUUUCUUUUUGAAUAUAUUCGCAAAUUCGAAACUGUCACAAUCUAUUUUAAAUGUGUAUAUCAUAACAGAAAAUGAAGCAUAAAAUAAAAACUACAAAUUUAAUCAAGGUAAAAAAAACUGAAAGCUUAAACAUUAACAGUAUAUUACAUUAUAAUACAUUGCUUUAAAGUAAACAUUUUAGAAUCGGAGGAUUGUAUUAAGUGCUCGCUUGUGUUGAUAGGCAGCCCGCUUUACUGUAUUUACUCAGUAUUUAAUCUCAAUCACUGAUCCAGACACAAAUUUCUAUACCUCAUAGGCCUUGAAAGGAUUAUCAUAUACUUGACGUGUACUUGAUAAAAUUUCUCUCUCAUUAGAUAGUCACAAAAUAAGACGAAGCUCCGUUUUUGUUACUUGUACUUUUUUGUGAAUUACUAGUACUUUUUUGUAUGCGAGAACACGAAAAAUUUGUGAGGCAAAUACCUUUCAUUAAAAAAAAAGAAGAUAUUUGAUGCAUAUAUAUCUCAUUUCAUUUCUCCUUUUUAAUUCAUUUGAACCACAACAAUAUAUUAUAUAACAAAAUAAGUAGUUGGAGGACAUACACUAAUUUAAAUUGUGGACAAGUAUUAAGUUCUCAAAGUGUGGACUCGAAAGACAAACGUGAUGAGUCUCCAAGUGCUAUUGGUUUGUUUUCACUAUCCAUGACAUAUACAGUAAUUGUUUCAUAUUUUACACACUCUCAAAUGUGAAGAAACGUUAAUUUGAAAAUUAUGAAGAGAUCAGGAAAAGUUCUUUUAUAAAAAUGUGUCUAACCAAGUUUAUUGCUGUAGUUUUAUGUUUAACUUAUCUCAUGUUUAUUCUUAACAGAAAAUCUAUGACAUUAUCAGCUAAUCCAGGUAACAAGAAGUUUUGAUUAAAACUGUCAUAGCUCAAAGAAUCGACAUGACAUGUCUUAUUUUAGUUUUCAUGCGUCUGCCGUUAAAGAGUGAAUGGCAAAGCUAUUUUAUGUAGGAUUAAAAUAACCCUCAUUUUGGCCUGAGUGAAGGAGUUUGAACAUGUUUAUGAUUAUGUUGGACAAAUUGUGAUAAAUUGUUUUGUUAUAUGGUAGAGAAUGAUGGGUAUUUAGUUCUGUUAAUAAACAUAGUUGUAGUCUAUAUACAGGGAGGUUUAUAGAACACACAAAGACAGGGGUACAGGGAAAUAAAAAUAAAUAUGUCUCUUUUUAUACAA